ACAAAGAAAACAAAAGAAAAAAAAUAACAAAAAGAGGAGAAGAGAGGGAAGUCUUCUCUUCUUUUCUUAAUUAUUAUCAAAUAAUCUUUUCUUUUCCUCGAUCUUUUUAACACUGCAAAUAAGGUUCUUUUGAUUAGUAACACCUGCUGCUAGGUGUGUAUAUAUAGAAAAAUAUCUAUAAUAUCCAUGGCUUCAAGCAAAUUUAGAAGAGCCUUGGAUGCGGUGAAGGACCAAACCAGCAUAGGCCUCGCUAAAGUCGGUAGCAGCACCUCUUUGGCGGACCUAGAUGUUGCCAUUGUGAAAGCAACAACGCAUGAAGAAUACCCGACCGAGGAGAAAUACCUACGAGAAAUUCUCAGCCUAACAUGCUACUCGCGUGCCUUCAUCAGCGCUUGUGUCAACACCAUCUCCCGGCGCCUCAACAAGACCAAAAACUGGAUCGUGGCUCUCAAGACCCUCAUGUUAGUCCAACGACUGCUGUCCGAGGGUGACCCUGCUUAUGAACAAGAAAUAUUUUUCUCCACAAGGCGCGGCACUCGCUUUCUCAACAUGUCUGAUUUUCGUGACACCUCACGCUCCAAUUCUUGGGACCAUUCUGCGUUUGUGCGCACGUAUGCAUUGUAUCUAGACGAACGGCUUGAGUUCCGAAUGCAAAGCCGGCGUGGGAAACGCAGUGCAUUUGGGUUUGAUGAAGAUAUUGAGGAUCAUCAGGAGGCGGCUAAUAAUUUUACCAACCAGCAGUCAUGUCAGAGAGCCACACCGGUGCAUGAAAUGAAAGCUGACAAGUUGUUUUCUAGGAUGCAGCAUUUGCAGCAGCUCCUUGAGCGAUUUUUAGGAUGUCGCCCAACAGGUGUAGCAAAGAACAACAGGGUUGUAAUAGUGGCCUUGCACGCGAUAGUAAAAGAGAGUUUCCAGAUAUAUUAUGACAUAACAGAAAUAAUGGGCAUCUUAAUCGACCGCUUCAUGGAGCUGGAGAUCCCUGACUGUGCCAAGGUGUACGAGAUCUUCUGCCGCAUCGGAAAGCAAUUUGAUGAGUUGGACACGUUCUACAGGUGGUGUAAACAAAUCGGCAUUGCGCGCUCCUCAGAGUACCCGGAGGUUGAGAAGAUUACACCCAAGAAGCUCGAGGUGAUGGACGACUACAUACGUGACAAGUCGGCUUUGGCACAAGGCAAGAGGUCGGUAAAGGGACUACUAGACCGACAAAAGAUUAAUGAGGCAAACAAAGAUGAAGAAUCAAAUCAUGGCGAAGAAGAAGAAGAAGAAGAAGAAGACAUGAACGCCAUGAAGGCCCUGCCACCGCCAGAGGGUUUCGUUGAGGAAAGCAAUAACAAGGAGAUGGAACCAGUAAAGGAAGAGGAAAUUAAGAAACCGCAACAAGAAGAAGGCGAUCUGUUGAACUUGGGAGAAGAUGCUUUGUCGAGCAAUGAACAUGCUGACAAAUUGGCGUUGGCUUUGUUCAACGGCGCCACUGAACAAGCACCAGCAGGUCAACUGGCAUGGGAAGCGUUUGCUGACGAAGCUGAUUGGGAAACGGCGUUAGUCCAGUCCGCAAGCCACUUGUCGAAUCAGAAGGCUUCCCUCGGGGGUGGUUUUGACUUGCUGUUGCUGGACGGAAUGUACCAGCAAGCGGAGAUAUCAGCCGCGAUGGCAGGCCCAGGGUAUGGAGUUAGUGGCAGUGCGAGUAGUGUUGCAUUAGGGUCAGCAGGACGGCCUGCAAUGCUAGCAUUGCCUGCACCACCAACAUCAUCGUCUUCGUCAAAUCAUCCUAGUAAGUCAAAUGUACAUGUAGACCCUUUUGCUGCUUCGUUAGUGGUACCGCCGCCAUCAUAUGUGCAAAUGUCAGACCUGGAGAAGAAGCAGAAGCUGUUGAUGGACGAGCAGUUCAUGUGGCAGCAGUAUGCAAGGAGUGGGAUGCAAGGGCAGGUUGGAUUGACAAAGCUACAGCAUAACCCUCAUCACAACAUAAACAUGGGAGGUUACACACACACCUACUAAUCAUCAAUUAAUUAACACUUAAUUAUAAACAGACUACGUCAGCUUCAGUGUUAAUGAUCAUUAGGGGUUGCAUGUGUAUUAACUUGAACAUAUUGUUUAAUAUUUUCCUCUUAAUUGUCUAGGUGAGGUUCAAUUUAGUAGCAUGUAUUCGGUACAUAUCGCCAAUCUAUGAAAGGUACAUAUGCAUGUAGCUAACCCCCUUGGCAACCAUUUUCUUG